AUGGCUCUCCUUCCACCACCAGCUUCGCCUUGCUUCCUUUCCUCUUUCAUCCCUCGUCCUCCAUCUCUCACCCUAAAAUCCACAACCAGCCUCGCAUUUCCAAAACGUCGUCGUUCUCUAUGCACAGCUUCAUGGCAAGAGCUUGUGGGAGUGGUGGUAUUCUCGGCGGUUCCAUUCACCGCCGUGAAAGCCAUAGCCAAUAGCGCGCUCGGGGAGUCGCUGCAGCGGCGAUUGGAGGAGAGGAAGAAAGCUGCGGUUGAGAAUUCUUCCAGGUUUAAGGCCUUGGCCCAAAAUGCUCGAAAUCGGAGCUUGUGGUAUGGAGAAGAGCGUCCCCGAUGGCUUGGUCCAAUUCCAUAUGAUUAUCCAGAACAUCUUACUGGAGAACUACCUGGGGAUUAUGGUUUUGAUGUUGUAGGUCUGAGCAAGGAUCCUGUGGCUUUCCAGAGAUACUUUAACUUUGAAAUACUCCAUGCACGUUGGGCCAUGCUUGCUGCCUUUGGUGCUUUAGUUCCAGAAAUUUUAGACCUGUUAGGAGCCUUUCACUUUGUUGAGCCUGUAUGGUGGCGAGUUGGCUAUUCAAAACUAAAGGGAGAUACGCUGGACUACCUUGGCAUCCCAGGGCUCCAUGUAGCUGGAAGCCAAGGAGUAAUUGUCAUAGCCAUAUGCCAAGUUCUCCUGAUGGUUGGACCAGAAUAUGCAAGAUAUUGUGGAAUUGAAGCAUUAGAGCCACUGGGAAUUUACUUGCCAGGUGAUAUUAAUUACCCAGGAGGAGAGCUUUUUGAUCCCUUGAACCUCUCCAGAGACCCUGUCGCUUUUGAGGAGCUGAAGGUGAAAGAGAUAAAGAACGGACGCCUAGCUAUGGUUGCCUGGUUAGGCUUUUACAGUCAAGCAGCAUUGACAGGUAGUGGUUCUGAGAAUGUGAUGUAGAGACUAGAGAGGAGACGUGCCAAGAAUUUGCACCUUGUUUUUUGGAAAGCUUGAACUAUACCUUGAAUAGGACCACCUUCAAGUCUAGGGCUCCAACAUAUUGUGUGCCAGUCAAACAUUUCAACACAAGUGAUGUUGAAUAGAUUUAGGAUCAAGAAGGAAGAAGCCUAAAGCCUUUAAUAAUGAGUGAGACAACACAACUACACAACUGGACACAAGUGCUGUGGUUGCCUUUGAAAACAAGCCUCUCAAGAUGAUCAUGUGGAAGAAGCAGAAACCCCAUGUUUGUUUUU